AUGCCUUCCCUGCUCACUGCCCUGCUCUGCAUCGGCCUGCCCCUGAGCCAGAGGAUCAGCACCCAGAUGCAGACGGUCCCCAAACCCACCAUCUGGGCCGAGCCCGAUUUCAAGAUCCCCUGGGGAAAGCCAGUGGCCCUCUGGUGCCGGGGAGCUCAUGAGGCCGUGGAGUACCAGCUGCACUUCGAGGGACAGCUCUCCGCCUCAGUGCGACCCAGCCCGCCUGAAGUGAGGGUCAGAGUCAGAUUUGACAUCCCGGCCAUGACCUUAGGCACCGCGGGGAAGUACAGCUGCGCCUAUCAAAGCGGGGGGCUCUGGUCAGAGCCCAGUGACCCGCUGGAUCUGGUGAUGACAGGCAUGCAUGACACACCCACCCUCUCCGUGCACCCCGGGCCCGCAGUGGCCUCAGGGGAGAACGUGACCUUCUCUUGCCACCUGGAGACAGGAACAAGCAGGUUCUUUCUGCUCAGGGAGGGCAAGGCCAGCCGCCUGCAGCAGAAAUACGGCAAGAUCCCGGCCGAGUUCCCCUUGGGCCCCGUGACGGCAGCUCACAGGGGCACGUACAGAUGCUUCGGCUCUUACAACAGCCACCUGUGGUCUUUCCCCAGCGAGCCUGUGGAGCUCCUCGUCACAGAUGUCGGCAACACCAGCGUGGCCCCCCCAGAGGACACCUCUCCUCCCGACUCUUCGGACACCUACUUUUUACCUACAGAGCCAGGGCUCCAGGGAGAACUCGCCCUCUGGAGCCACAACACCCGGAACCUCAUUCGGAUCGGCCUGGGGUGCCUGGUGCUGCUGGCCCUCGUGAGUCUCCUGGUUGAAGACUGGCUUAGCCGGAGGAGGACUCAGAGGGGCGCCCAGAGGGCUUCGAGAAAGGAAUGAGGAAGGUUCUGGAAACAAAGAGCCCUGGACAGAGGCCAAGCUGUGUGGUGGCCGUGGUGGGAGCACAGAUCUGACCUUGAGGC